GUGUGUGUGUGUCUCUGCGCGAAUGAGUUUGCGUGAGAGAGUGUGGGCGUGUAUAAAUACUGCUAAAAAGUCAGAUUGACUAUACUGUAGACUUCAUUGAGCCACAACUUUCAGGUCAUAAGACUAUUUCUGAUUCAAAUCGACAGAGGGCCUGUACGCAAAUCUGCCCACUGUAAGGCCGUACACUCAAUUCUGCGUACAGUAUUGCAUAGGAAAAUGAAGUUGACAUCAUUUCUGGUGUGUUCAGUUCUGACUGUUUCCGUGGUAUCAGCAGGCGCUCCAAAACCUUCCAAAAAUCUCUAUCGCUUCUUGACCGUACUCAGCGGCUACUUUGUCCGUCAUGACGUGUACAAUGGAGAGUCUGACCACGGCGAGUCGUCUCACUUGUGGAAACCCGUCUGCCUCGAGGCGUUUCCAGAUAAAUUAACAUUUUACUACGAGACCACCUCUGACGGGAAGAUUGUCAACCAAAAGCUUUGGAUCGUCGAUGAAGAUCACAAUGGCGUCAUCCACGUGCAGCAGUUGAAUCUCUUGGGACACAAGACUUAUCACCCUAAAGAGCUGGAGAAUGCAGACUUCAACGAAAUUGAAUUCCAGGACUUGUCUCACCCCCCAGAUUGUGAUGUCCUGUUCUAUGCUGCUGACCAGAAUGUCUUCGUGGGCACUAUACCUAAUUGCCCUGAUAAUUACUUUAAGGAAGUGCCCAAAUUUGGCGUGACCCUCACCUGUUACUCCGUGAGCUAUCACGUCUGUAAUGCCGAAUUCAUACGAAACCAACCAAAGCUUCCAUUCAUCAACUUCAAGAAAUACAGUUAUCCCCUUGUGCCUGCCAUGACUGCUGGUGCCCACUUUGAGACUCCCUGUCUUUAUCACCUGUAGACACCUAAACAUUGCAGUGAAUAAAGUUUCCCUUGUACUUUCUCAACAAA